GUCGCGUAAUACUUGGAAAGAAACUGUGUUUUUGUUUGGCGCUUUUUGGACAAGUUGGAUCUGUGUUUAGAUUUCGGCACCGUACACAGGCAGAACAACAAUGCCUCCAGUGCUGGGUGGAUCGGCACUAUGUCCACAGUGCAGCAAACCUGUGUACUUUGCAGAAGAAAUGAGAGUUCUGGGAAAGAAAUUUCACAAGCUGUGUGUUAAAUGCAAUACCUGCAACAAGCUACUUGAUAGCACCACAGUUGCUGACCAUGAUGACAAACUUUACUGCCGAUCUUGCCAUGUGAAGAAUUUUGGCCCAAAAGGGUAUGGCUUUGGUGCAGGUGGAGCGGGCUUGUCCAUGGGUUCAGCCUCGAACCAGCAGAAUCAGAACCACUUGGCCCAGGCUCAAGCCCUGACAGAUUCCGUUGCUGGAGGAAAGCUAGGUGCAGGAAGUGAUGUCUGCCCCUCUUGUAAUCGAGCCGUGUACUUCGCUGAAAAAAUCAUUGGAGCUGGCAAAUCUUACCACAAGGCAUGUUUCCGGUGUAACCAGUGCAAGAAGUCUCUUGACUCUACUACUAUGACCGUCCAUGAAAAUGAUCUGUUUUGCAAAGCGUGCUAUGCAAAGAGCUUUGGACCAAAGGGCUAUGGCUUUGCAGGUGGAGCGUAUGGUCUGUCGAUGGAUACUGGCAAUCCUUAUGAAGUGACCCAAGACAAUAUUUCUCAUCUGGCCCAAGCUCAGGCCGCACCUCUGAUGAGGAGUGGGUCCACAAAUAAUCAAGUGGGGGGCGGUGAUAUUUGCCCUCGCUGUAAGAGCAAGGUCUACUUUGCCGAGAAAGUCAUUGGAGCAGGACAGACCUGGCACAAACUGUGUUUCAAGUGUUCCAUCUGUAACAAAGGACUCGACUCCAGCACAGUUUCUGAGAGGGAAGGAAAUGUAUUCUGCAAAGCUUGCUAUGGUAAAAACUUUGGACCAAAAGGAUUUGGAUAUGGACAAGCCAUGUCCUACACAGAAUAAGCUCCAGGUUUCGCAUACAGAGGACACCGUUGACCAAGAUGCAUGUCGAAGAAAUAUAUCUUCUGCAUUUCAUGUAAUCUAGUAUCUGUUUAUUUGAUUUUUAAAUGAAUUUUUUCAUCAUAAAUAAUUUAUAAAUACCAGUAUAGAACAUUCCAUGAGAGAAAAGUACCAAUUUUUAUAUCUAAUUUCUAUGUGAAUUGACAGAAAUUUGUAGGGAUUGUAUUUAUUCAUGUAUUAAUGUAAAUUGAAAAUAAAAAUAGAACAUUAAUACUUUGUUCAGCCAUACUUUUAAUGAAAAAUGGUUACAGAUCAAAUAAACAGAUAAUCCUGUUACAUAAUGGAACUCCAGAGAACAAUAAAAUCUCAUGAAAAUCAUGUAUUUGAAGCAUAAUUUUAUAUGUAUACACAAGGUAUUAUAUAAUCUUGAUUUUUCAUACACAAGAUUAAUGUUUUUACCAUUUUACUAUUUUUAUUUUAUUGUCUUUUGUUAUCCCCUUGGACAUUAAGGGGCAAACAAGCUUUUGAUAUGGGCAGUUUUUACAUGUAGCUCUGCUGUGAUGUUUGUCAUCGGAACUCUCGUGAUUGUCUGGUGGUCUGUCUGUUACAGGCAUGACAAUCUUCCGCGGAUACAUUUUUCUCAAUAUUUUUAAUCUGCUUUCGUGCCGUGCCGUGUUGGGUUACUUCACGCUUUAGACCUCAUCCCUCUCCCCCCCCCCCCCCCCCCCCCCCCCAAUGGCCAAAGGCCGUGUACUGUCUGCUUUGCGCACAGUUCGCAAAGCUUUCAGCUGAUUUCAUCAAGUGUCAUUGUCAUGCCUGCUGUUAUCUUAUCCAUAUGCUCCAUUUUAUUAAUGGAUCGUUCACAAACUUUGUAUUGGCAUUCUCUAGGGCAGUUUUUACUAACUAAUGGAAAAAGAUUUCAAAAUACGUUAAUUUUUAUUAAAUUAAGAAAUUACAAUUGAUGUUUAACGUUGAGCAUUUCAAAGUGUAUCUCCUAGAGUUUGUUUUGAAACUUGGUACAGUGAUUCUCUAAUGAAAGACAGAUAUUUUUAAAUUAUUCAAUUGUAACAAUUAAAAUUGAAGUUUACGGUUAAAAAUUUCAGACGAACCAAGGUUUUGAUCGAGUUAUUCUGAAACUGAUAUAGCAAUUCUCUGGGGCAGUCUGUUCAAACUAAUAAAAAAACAUUGAACAUUUUAAAGUAUUACCUUACAGUGUUUUGAUUGGGUAAUUCUGAAAUUGUAUAUGAAUUCUCAGGAAAUUUUUACAAAUCCGUGGAGAGAUACAGGGUGUUUAAGAAUUUUAAAAUUAAAUUCAAAAUACUUAAAAUGGAAAUUUAGCAUUGAAUAUUUCAGUGUUUAUCUCAGCAAAAAGUCAAUAAAUUUAGUAAACCAUACAUUUAAAAAAAUAUUAUUUUAACUUUUAAAAUUUAAAAAAUAGUAACUAGCAGAUAUGCCUAGACAACAGGCCUCUUGUUAGAGAUUUGUUAUACAUGAGUCAGAUGAUAUACUAGUAGUUUAAUUCUGGUCUGUUUUAUCAAACUAUAUUAUUGUGCAUUAAAGUUGUGAUAUUGUUACAUGUAUAAAAACUGCCAGACUUAAUUUUAGUUAGCAUUGUAGAACAUUGCAUGGAAUCUUUUAUGUUAUUACAGUUAACGUGUGUAUUUUUACAGGGUGGGUUUUUUUAGUACUACUACUGUAUGUUGUGUUUCGUUUUAACUUCAAAUGUUUAAUAAUGAUUUGAGCACACUGAUAUAUCAUGCAUGUUUGUAUCAAAUACUUGAAAACUAUUAAUUAUUUUAAAUACAUUUUACUAUUCCUAAAUUGCCUGACUUCAUCAUUUUGCUGCCUUGGUCACCAAAUGUAAUUCAGUUUGCACCAAACUUAAUACAUUAGAAACCAAUUGCUAAUAAUAACAGAAAUUAAUUGGAUGGGAAUAAAUUUCAUGAAAUGCUAUUUUUGGACAGUAGUUGCCUGUGUGACUGGGAAAAAUGAAAUAAUUUCUGUUAUAGAAAUUCCAUGCUGUGCAAAUAAAACAUACAUCAUUAUUGCGUGCAUGGAUGGUGUAUUUCAGUCUGGAUUUGGCCGUUUAGCAUAUAUACCUUACAUCAAUUUAGUUUUUGUUUUAUUUUACCACGACCGGCCUUGGUGGCAUCGUGGUUAGGCCAUUGGUCUACAGGCUGGUAGGUACUGGGUUUGGAUCCCAGUCGAGGCAUGGGAUUUUUAAU